AUGUCCAGCUCGAAGAUGUAUACCAACCCAGCGGCGAGGAGCUGGACGUAUCAGUACGAGACGGACAUACAGCUAGCCCAAGACUUCCAUAAGCGACUUCCCGGCUACCGACCCAGCCCCCUCGUCCCACUUCCAGCUGUGGCCAAAGAGCUCGGCGUCAAGAAUGUAUUCGUAAAAGACGAAAGCAAUCGACUCGGUCUGCCUGCUUUCAAGAUUCUCGGUGCUUCCUGGGGGACCUUUCGUGCCAUCGCAGAGCAGACAGGCUUGUCCCUGGAUUCCUCCCUUGAAACCAUCGCAGAAGCGGCACGAAAGGCGAAUACCACGCUGUUUGCUGCCACUGAAGGCAACCAUGGCAGAGCAGUCGCCCGCAUGGGUAAGCUCCUGGGUGUUCCGACCCGAAUACUCAUGUCCAGAUUUGCCGACGAGGAGACCGUCAAGAAGAUCGAAGGUGAAGGCGCUCAUGUUGUCGUGAUUGCAGGAGAUUACGAUGCUGCGGUCGCCAAAGCCUCUGAGGAGGCUAACAAUGCCUCUGGCGGUCUUCUGAUCCAAGACAAUGCAUUUGAAGGCUACGAGCAGAUUCCGGCCUGGAUUGUGGAAGGGUAUUCCACCCUCUUGGUAGAGGCCGAACAGCAACUUGCUGCCCAAGGCUUGAAAGCGACAGCGAUGGUGACUCCCAUCGGAGUAGGAUCUCUGGGCCACGCUGUUGUCGCUCACUGCAAGUCCGAUGGUCGAGAGGUGGCCGUGGUGACUGUCGAGCCAGAGACAGCUGCUUGUCUGCACCAAAACCUCAAGGCGGGCAAAUGGACCACGAUCGAGACCUCAGCAACCAUAAUGAACGGCAUGAAUUGUGGCACGGUAUCUCCCAUCUCUUGGUCUGUUUUCCAAAACGGUGUAGAUGCGAGUGUGACUGUUUCUGACCUUGAAUGUCACCAUGCAGUCCAGUAUCUGCACGCUAAUGGUGUCAAUGCCGGUCCUUGUGGUGGUGCCUCGCUCGCUGCUCUUAGAAAGGUGUUGACCCCUGAUGAUACGAGCCUGGACCUUGGAGUUGAUGCGGUUCUCGUCCUACUGAGCACAGAGGGAGCCAGAGGCUAUAUCGUUCCAUGA